CUCAUUUCUUUUUAAAACAAAAAGGAAUAAGAUCUACAGCUAUCAGACACACCAUAAUGGAUUCUCAAUUCUAAUUCAAUUAAGGCUACAUGAUGCGAUUGAACAAUUUGCGGAAAAAUUGAAUUCCAAGGACCAAGGAGAAUCAGAGAUGAUGAUGAGUCAUGCCAUGGAGGACUGAACAGGAUGCGAAGUUGGCUGGAGAGAGAUGGUCGCCGCAGGAUCUAGCAGGGAGGAGCGGACACCGGCGAAGUCUGGGUGUGAGCGACGUGAUAAUCCAGUCGAUCUAGCAGGGAGGAGCGGAAGCCGGCGAGGUUUGGGUGUGAGCGACUUGAGUAUCCGAGGGUCUUCAUAAGCCUGCAAAACACUGGCUCAAAGCUUUCCACCUUCAACCGCAGGCGAUAUCACCUAUAUCAAUAGAGUGUAAUGGCCAGUGUUUGUCGAAGAAAGACCACAUCAGGCGAAAGAGAGGACUUAAUAAGUCAACUACCAGCGGAACUGAAGGAAUCAAUUCUAGAAUUGUUGAACAUGCGUGAAGCUGCCAGAAUGGCUCUUCUUUCAACUCACUGGAAGGAUGUCUGGUUUGCCCACGGCCAGCUGGAAUUUGGUUUGAACUUCUUCUUCCAUUUUCUACAAUUCGACGAUGACGAUGAACCCCUAGAGGAUUGCGUUGAAACAAUGAACCGGUGUGUCAUGCUCCGGACGGGACCGGUUAAGAAGUUUACACUGGCGCAUUCAGAGUAUGAGGAGUAUUGCAUAUCUGGAAGACUUCCUAUGCCACUACCACCUGAUAUAGAUCGUUGGUGUCUUUUUCUGUCGAGACAUGGCAUUGAGGAACUUCACCUUUCUAUUCAUAAUUUUAAAGAAACAUAUAUUCUUCAAGAGUGUAUAAUCACUUGCCCUUCAAUUAAGCAAGUCCUUAUUGGUGGAUUCAGUUUUCGCUUCCCUGUUAAUUCACAUUGUGUGUUUCCUGCUGUCACUUCAUUGGUUUUUGAGUUUGUUAUAUUCGAGCCUGAUCCCUCUGGAACAGUCUACAGUCUUCCUAAUUUGGAGAAGCUUUCUUUUGAUAACUGUCCUGGGAUUGAUAAUUUUGUGAUUAGCGCACCAAAACUAAAGAGCUUAACUAUUGACCGUAGUUUUAAAAGUGUGGCUGCUUCAAGAUGGUUUGUGCUCCAUUUUGCUGUAAUCAAUACUCUUUACUUGCAUGCAGAUUUGUUGUCGCAUACACCUGAUGCCGUAGCUGCAAGGACGUUCCCAAUUGCAAAAAAUCUGCAAGUGGUUGUGAUUCAUCAUGUCAAUUUUGUUCGUGCGAAGCACUUCACCUUUGUUACCGAAUUGAUUCAAAAAUGUCCAACGCUACAUGAACUUGGAAUUGAGACAUCGCAUUAUUAUUGCCAAAGAGAUGAUGAAGAGGAUGCUUCGAGGAUUUUGGAGUAUCCCUUCAGCUGUGUUCUAAGAAAGGGACUGAAAAUGCUUAAAACGGUAAAGAUGCAAUUUUUUCAUGGAUACAGACUCGAAGUGCUAUUUGUUAAAACAAUCCUUUUAAACUCACCCUCCCUUGAGGAACUUGUUAUUACGAAAGUAGUCCACUUCAAGGCUCUCGAAAUCCUAGAGGAAGUUAUGAGCUUCUCUCGUUCAUCCCCAAAAGCCCAAGUUGUCUUCUUAGAGGAAAAGUAUGAGUCUACAAGUCAGCCUACCACAUAGGUUCUUCCAUGCAUGUGUUGCAUAUUCUCCGAUGUUUCUCUUGGUUUGCUAGAAGUUAAGAAAGUAUUUUAGUGGUUUGUAUCAACUUUAGUAAGUGCAUUACCUUUUAGAGUACUAUGAGCCAUUUGAUGUCUAAAGUGCACUGCAUUUUGCUCUAAAAACGUGUAAUUCUUUGGUCAAGUAGUAAUUUGUUAUUUGAUCUUUGGAGUUUACAAGGGUUUCUUAUAAUCAUAUAAGGUCUCCAAAUAAAUGUCAAUGGGAGAAGAAAAUACCAAGUAGCUGACUGCUCCGCUAUAAAGGCC